GCGCAACCUCGGGGGCGUGAGCCUUGUCGGAACCAGGAAGCGAGCUGCUGCCAGGGCUGGGGCGACGGGCAGCAAGCAGGCAAGGUGCUCUUCGGAUUUCCUGCCUCGUCCUCGUUUCUGAUUUCCAGGCGGAGCAGAUCAGUUAACGGUGCCGUCUGACAGAGGAGGAAGGGUUGCCAACUUUCCUGCCCGGCAAGUUUGCAGGAUGACGGUGAAAAUUUUUGCAAACUGCGUAUUCUUUGUGAAAGUGAAAAAAUUAUCCGUUCUGGAAAAGAGCAAACUGAAUGGUUGCAUUAAAGAAAAUGGUGGGCAGAUUAAAUUUGUUUUAAAUCAUGAGUGUACUCAUGUAGUCACUGAUGACGCUACUGCACUCAGCUCCAUUCAUCUGAAAGCCGUCAAGAAAUAUCAGCUGCCCAUUGUAGGUGCUGAUUUCAUAUGGAACUCAGUUAAAGAAAGAAGACUUUUACAGGCUGAUGACUACGAAGCCCAGCAGUCAUGGAGGGAAAAUUCUCAUGGACUAGAGUCUUCCUCAGAAGACGAGUUGCUGUGGGAACACUCCUCUGGAGUUUACGAAGAUGACCACCUAGAAAAGAGGACUCCUGGAAAGAAUGAAUGGAACAGCAGCAGGGCUCAGGACAAUAGCAGUGUGGGUGAGCUAAGAUCAAAUAAUGAUGAAAAUGUUCCUUAUUUCCCUGAAGGCUUUGUGGUUGCAAAGUAUGAUGUCCUUGAACAGGUUACGGCACCUGGCAGGUAUGUGGUGGUUGAACUUCAGUGCUCUCAGCAGUACUGUGAUUAUCCUUUCUGCAUAAGCACAUGCUACAGUCAGCUGGAUGGGAAAGAGUUCAAGAAACGAUUUAUACCAGCAAGGACUUCUGAAGAGGCUAGACUAGUCUAUGAGCUUCGUACUGCAAAUCUGAAAAAUGAGAAUUACCAGUUCAAAGAAGAUUUUCCCCAUGAAGUGGAAUAUCUAGCUUCAGAAAAGCUGCAAGAGGUGCUUAUAGCAGAAGCCACAAAUUCCAGCUCUUUGCCUGAAACAGUCAGCAAGUUUGUGGAACUGAUCUGGAUUGAAGCACUUGGACACCUGACUCCGCUGCUGGCUAAACCAGUAACCGAACUCAGCCUCAACGAUGUGAGCAGAGCAGAAGGUAUUUUGCUCCGAGCAAGGAAGGCACUGGAUGAAUUGGAAUCUCCGAAAGAGAAAAUGGAGAUAAUGUCAGAGUUUUAUAAAAUCAUACCUCACAAAAUUACGGAUUAUGACGUAACCAGAAAGUUGUUAUCUACCAAGCACAGUCUCUGUCAGCUAAUCAGGGACAUGCUGAACGUUCAUGAAACAAACAUGUCAAUUCCUAACCCACCGUCCCUUUCCAAGUACCGAGCUUUGAGAUGCAGGAUAUGUCCUGUCUUUGGAGAAGAGUUUCAGGAUAUUGAAGAAAAGAUGGACCAGUAUACUGGUGAACAUCCCGUAGAAGUUUUGGAGAUCUAUAGAGUAGGCAGAAUGACGGAAGUAGCGGCUUUCGAGAGCCACCUUGGCAAUGUCCAGCCUUUAUACCAUGCUUCGUCUGUUCACAACUUCGUUGGAAUCCUCUCUCGGGGACUGCUCUUGCCAAAGAUUGUCGUUGAAGAGCAUGGCGUGGAAAGAACGGAUUGUGGGCACUUGGGCAGCGGCAUCUAUUUCAGCGACUCCGUAAGUGCAUGCAUCAACUACUCUUGGCCAAACAGAACAGAUGGAACCCGGUUACUGCUGAUUUGCGAUGUAGCCCUUGGAAAAUGUUUUGAAACAGGUCACAUGGACAGUUCGUUAACCGCAGCACCGCCAGGCUACGACAGCGUGCAUGGACUUGCCAGGAAAAAGGGGAAACUGAGAAAGGGAAGAGACUUCAAGGAUGACGAAUUUGUGGUGUACAGAGCUAGUCAGGUCAAAAUAAAAUAUGUGGUUAAGUUUUCCCUCGCCGGUGACAAAGUGAAGGAGUUCCAUCCUGAAAUUCAGGAAGUUCCGCCUUCGCUAGAGCAUCAGCCACAGCCCGAAGAUUAUCAAAUGCCAAGUAAAAAUCUGCUGAAUAAUGUGACUGCUGGUCUUCUGGACAGAUCUGGAAACCCAAUUCCUCUCAAAGGUCUUCAUAUCAAGGGACGAAUAGUAGACUUCGUAGCAGAGGUUGUGGUGUUCCAGGUCUAUGAAAAUCAAUCAGACAGCCCCAUUGAAGCAAAAUACGUAUUUCCUUUGGACGACACAGCCGCUGUAUGUGGAUUUGAGGCUUUCAUUAAAGGGAAGCAUAUAAUAGGAAAGGUUAAGGAAAAGGAGAAGGCACACAGAGAAUACAGAGAAGCCAUCAGUCAAGGACAUGGAGCUUACUUGAUGAAUCAAGAUGCACCGGACAUCUUCACCGUUUCUGUGGGAAACUUGCCUCCUUCAACCAAAGUCCUCAUCAAAAUCACCUACAUCACGGAGCUCAGUUAUGAGAACGAAUGCCUUGCCUUCCACUUGCCGGCUGCUGUGGCGCCUUGGCAACAAGACAAAGCGCUGAAUGAGAACACACAGGACUCAGUAAGGAAAGUUUCCAUUAGGCAAGUUGGAACAAAACCCGGUGGGUUCUCUUUGGAAAUGUCAGUUGAAAUGCCCUUUGAAAUUAAACACAUUAGCAGCUGGACACAUCAGCUUGAAAUAAAGAAAACUGACUGUAAAGCUGUGGUUCGGACUGUUGACAACAGUUUCUUGGACACCAGUGGCUUUGCAAUGGAAAUCCUUAUCGGUGAUGUUCAUUUGCCCAGAAUGUGGGUAGAAAAGCACCCAGGCAAUGAGACUGAGGCCUGCAUGCUUGUGUUUCAACCGGAGUUCGAAUCGGCACUUGACCCUCUAAGCACCAGCGGGGAAACCGUGAUCUGCCUCGAUUGCUCCAAUUCCAUGGGAGGUUCGACAUUCCAGCAAGCCAAGCAGAUUGCCCUCUAUGCUCUAGAGUUGUGUACUUUUACUACGCGAAAAAUAAGCGUUAUCAGAUUCGGCACAAGUUUUGAAGAAUUUCCUUUCGAGCCUAAAUCCCACAUGGUGGAUCUUGCACCUCUGAAAAACUUUAUUAUAUCUGCCACAGCUUCAAUGGGGAAUUCCGAUAUAUGGAAGGUUUUGCAUUACCUGAGUUUGCUGUACCCUUCUAAAAACAGGCGCAACAUUCUUCUUAUAUCUGAUGGACAUAUUCAGAACGAAGGCACGACCUUGCAGAUUUUGAAGAAAAAUACACACCACACUAGAAUAUUCACAUGCGGAGUGGGCCCCACAGCAAAUCGUCACAUGCUGAGAUCUUUAGCCCAGUAUGGAGCUGGAGCCUUUGAAUAUUUUGAUGCAAAAUCCAAAUACAACUGGGAGAGAAAGAUGAAGAGUCAGACAUCAAGAAUGUCUUCUUUGGGGUGCAAUGCCAUUUCCAUCAAAUGGCAGCAGUUUGAUUUUGAUGCACCUGAGCUAAUGUACGCACCUGCUCAGAUACAGUCUCUCUUCAAUCACGACCGACUUCUGGUCUAUGGAUUCAUCUCUCACUGUACUCAGGCCACUUUAAAUGCACUCAUAGACGACAAAGAGCUGCAGACUGUGGUGUCCACAACUGAGCUGCAGAAGACAACAGGCACGAUGCUGCACAAACUUGCAGCAAGAGCCUUCAUUCGAGAUUAUGAACAAGGGAUUCUUGAUGAAGAUGAAACAGAACAUGAGAUGAAGAAGCAGCUGUUGAAGUCCCAAAUCAUUGAGCUCAGUCUGAAGAACUCCAUUGUGACCCAGUUUACAAGUUUUGUGGCAAUUGAGAAAAGGGAUACAAAUGAAGACCAGACUGCUGAUACUCUGGAUGUUUUGGAACUUGUAGCUAAGACGGAUGUAGACAUCUUACCCUACAUGGAAUAUCAGUCAAAAGGACAGACGGCUCCUUGCAAGUCCCUAAGUUUUUCAUCAAGAGCCUCCAUCGUUGAGGAGGAGGGAAUAGGCCUUGAGGAGGAGCCGAUGCUUGACUUUCAUUUAGCAGAAGAUCUUGGAGUUUAUGAAGAAGUGGCUACUGAGAAGGAAGAAAUAGAAUUUGUGGAGAAAACGAAAAAGAAAAGGAGAAAAAUGAAGUCUGUGGUUUCCAUGGCUGACCACGUGCCUGAAGCAUUUCAAGAUGAGAGCGGAGAUAUGUCAGCUGCUCCUCCACUGCGGAUGUCAUUUCUUAAGAAGCAACCUAAGAAAGCAGUUCCACUUACUGAGGCAGAGAAUUUGAGUAUGUCAUUGCUGGAGGAAUUUACAGGUGGCACGCUGGCAGGUGGCAUGAGCAGUUGUCUUCUCAGUUCUGACUUGAAGGUGCCUUCUCCUCCUAUUGCUGGCAGCAAGCUUCAGGGUAGCUCCUUAGGCUUCGGUUUUGGAAUCCAAAAUAGUGCUCCGAUAAGCGCCCUUCCUCCACCGCCUCCUAGUCCUCUAUAUGGGAACAUCCACAAGUUUGGAUCACCUGCAACUGGUCUGUUCGGUUCUGCUUUUGGCUCACCUGCUUUUGGGUUACCUGCAGCUGCUCAGUUUGGUUCACAAGCAGUCCCCCAAGCUCCGAUAAGCACUGCUUCACCACUGCCGCCUCGGACUGGAGGCAUCCCCAACACGUUGGCUUUUGGGUCAUCUGCAGCUGGUCUGUUUGAUUCUACUUCCAGUCCCAGUUUGGGUUCACAGGCAAUUCCCCAAGCUCCGAUAAGCACCGCUGCUGCUCCACCACCUCCUCUGCCUAGAGGCAGCCUCAACAUGUUUGCUUCGGGAUCACCUGCAACUGGUCCGUUUGGUUCUACUUUUGGAUCACCCGCAACUGGUCCGUUUGGUUCUACUUUUGGAUCACCUGCAACUGGUCCAUUUGGUUCUACUUUUGGAUCACCCGCAACUGGUCCGUUUGAUUCACAGGCAAUCCCCCAAAGCUUUAGCUGGAGGAAAUUUGAUAUGCUUCAACAGAAGGAUCCGUUUCCACAUCCAGCGCUUCCACCUAAAAGAGUGUUUGCUCCUCUUAAGCAAGGAAGUGCACAGGAGUCGGUCAGCCCUCUUCGCAGAGUGCCAGAAAUGCAGUGCUCAAAGGAAACCUCUGAGGCUUCUCACAAGAUGCACUAUAGCUUGCAGGGGGAUACUCUCCUGGAGAUGCACAAAAUGAAAAAGGGUCAAUCAUUUCCUGCACAGAAGCCACUAAGGGUUGUAUCCUGGCCUCAACUCUUUAAACUCCAGAAUCAGGAUGGUUUUUGGCAGCUGAUCCCUGAGCUUGGGACUCUUCUGGAUUUUGAUGUGGAUUAUUUUGUCAACGUUUCACUUGCAAAAAAGGGAAUUAAUUCACUUGGCCCUAAAGGAAAAGAGAAGCUGUUGCGGUUGAUUGCUACACUUCUGGUGCUACAGGUUAUACGUUUCAAGCAACUGGAAGGCCUCGUCUUCAGAUCUUUAACAACACUGAAUGACUCUCCCCCAUCGUGGGCAUUUGAACCUGUAAAGAAAGCAGUUGAGUGGGCAAGGAGAACUGAACGAGAAUUUCCAGCAAUUUGCCAGCGUCUUGAUCUGGGGAAAGACUGGGAUUUUGCCACGAAGAAGCUGCUGCAUAUUGAAGAGAUUAGGAUUGGCAUCACUGUUGUUUCCCCACCUCCUAUCUAGUCAGACUAACAGAAAUAUGGCAUCAUCAUCUAUUUGCUUGUCUCUAAUCAUAAUAUGUUGAUUUUAUCUGAUUACGUUUUUGGUUUUCUAUCUAUGUAUUUGAUCAUGGAACUUUGAUACUCCAGAUUGUAACCAAGAAUAUAAAACACCAAAAAAAUAGUAUACAGUAAAUAUUAUGACCUGUUUUCUCAG